ACCGUUCAGGAGUGCUUCCUGGACAUGCGAACGUCGCCAUGCCGAGCCACGUGUUGGCCGCCAACCGUUUUGCGGCGCUGCGCUCGGACUCUGAAGAAGAGGGCGAAGAUGGAGAAGCUAAGCCUAGGCGGAAAGUAAAGAAAGGCAUCAAAAGAAAAGCUGGAAAGUUGAAGUCGAAACAAGAGGCUUUGACGCCCGAAGACCCGGUGCUUGGAGCAACAGACGCUGAAGCUGAUGCAGCCGGAGCCUUUGACCCUUCGGCUGGUACCGCACAGCUGCGAAGGAAACGGAAGCGCCGGCCCAGUGCAACGGCAGAGAGGUUGUCGGAAGGAACUGCCACUGCUCGGUCGGAGAUGACCGAGGAAGCCCGAGUGGACACCAAGCACGAUCCAGGGACCCUGCUUCCACUGGGCGCCACCAAGACACUGCCCGGCGGUGUAGUCAUCAAGGUCCUGCGUGCAGCACCCUUCGGUGCCCCAGUGGCACUGAAAGGCUCCGAAGUGCGGCUCAUCUACGAGGGGCGAUUGGCCAAGAACCAGCGGCGCUUUGACAAUGGGGAGAUUGACUUCUUGCUGGGCGAUGUGGGCAUCUUAGUUCGCGAUGAAGACGGAUGAGAGUGAAGACGGGCAGGUUUUUUUGGUGUUAGCAAGCCGAGAGAAGAAUGGUCUUAUCAUGUGUUAUCCCCUUAAAUCCCCAAAUAUAUAUAUAUAUAUAUACUUUGGGAAACGGCAGACCUUUAAUUCAUGUUCUUUCCAUUUCAAUUGGAGAGCCCUUGACGGAGACUCACCUGGAAAUGAGAGAAACAUCAUGUGGAAUGACCUCUCAUAGGUGACGAGGCCAGUCUUGACAACUUGUGAAGAGGCUAUUCCGUCAGCUUAGAAUGCAACAUGCAAAAAUAACAAAUAAACAUGUGGAGCAAGAACGCUACUAGGAGCAAAGGGCAUCGCUACUAGGAGCGAAAGGACGCUACUAGAACCCACUUCCAGAAGUAUCAGAAGUACUGGACGUGCGGCACAGGUUCAUCAAAACCUCCACGACUCCAGGGUUCCAAGUACGUGGCAGGUGGCGAACCCAAAUCUAUCGCCAACUGAGCUUUUCCCCACAAAAAUUGCGGUUGCCUGUCAAAGAAAAUGGCUUGAUUUCUGUCGAGAGGUCAUGUUUGAUGUCAGGCUGUCAGGUGUGUUUUUUCUAAGAGUGGCCAACACGCCCCAAGAAUCAAAACUUACAAGUCAAGCUUCAUUACUUUUUGAGCAGAAGAGGUCAGACCAUUAAGCUGCAAGGUUUCCGGAUGAGCUCUUGCAACAAAAUCCAUCUCAAACUGUGUGUUUGAUCUUUCAAUCCAUGACUCAUGUCCAAGCCUCUAAAUCCUCUUGAUACAUGUUGAUGCUCCCAGGUCCAAGUCUUUUCAUUAUGUUAUAAUAUAUUAAUACAGCUUCUUCAAAGUGAC